AUGGACCUUCUGCUGCUGCUGCCUAAGAUCACAGUUGCCAUUGCUGUUGUCGGCUUUAUCGGCAUUGUCAUUCGGAUGUGUGAUGCUCUGAUAUUGAAGCCUGAAAGGCUUCGUUCUAAGCUGCGAAAGCAAGGUAUCCGAGGUCCCCCGCCUGCAUUUUUGCUUGGAAACAUACGUGACAUUAAGAGGGCACAAGCUAAGGUCUCAAAAGCAGCACAGGAAGGAGAACAAGUGAUUAGUCAUAAUUCUUCUAACACUCCCUUCUCAUUCUUCGAGCAAUGGAGCAAGAAAUACGGUUCAACAUUUAUGUUCUCACUUGGGAACAUACAAAUAUUGCACAUGAACCAUCCUGAUGCGGUGAAGGAAAUAAGCAUAUGCACUUCUUUAGACUUGGGGAAGCCUUCUUAUCAAGUAAAAGAGCGUGGUCCUCUCCUUGGCCAAGGUAUUCUGACCUCAAAUGGUGCGAUAUGGGCACACCAAAGAAAGAUCCUUGCUCCUGAAUUUUACAUGGAGAAUGUCAAGAAUUUCAUGAACAUAAUGGUCGAAUCCUCGAAUAUAGUAGUUGAUUCGUGGACUAAAAAGAUUGAAACUGAGGGAGGAGUUGUGGACAUCAACAUUGAUGAAGACAUGAGAAGCUUUUCUGGAGAUGUAAUCUCAAAAGCAUGUUUUGGGAGUAAUUAUGCCAAAGGAGAAGAGAUAUUCCUCAAGCUCAGAGCUCUUCAAGGAGCUAUGUCGAAGAAAGCUUUAUCAUCUGGGAUUCCCAUUUUGAGGUCUCUGCCAACCAAGAGCAACAGGGAAGUGUGGAGAUUAGAGAAAGAAGUGCGUGCUUUAAUUUUGAAGGAAGUGAAGGAAGUAAAAGAAGCAACGUCGAAAGACCUGUUGGAAAUAAUACUCAAAGGAGCUAAGGAUAGUGAAUCCGGCCAAGAUGAAAUGGACCGCUUCGUCGUUGACAAUUGCAAGAACAUAUACUUGGCUGGCUAUGAAACUACUUCUGUCACUGCAACAUGGACGAUGAUGCUUUUGGCAUCAAAUCCUGAAUGGCAAGAUAGAGUCCGAGCAGAGGUGCGUGAAGCCUGUGGGGGGCAACUGCCGGAUGCUGACACGGUUCGCAAGAUGAAAACAUUGACAAUGGUGAUUCACGAAUCUUUGCGCCUUUACCCUCCUGUUUGUGUGAUAUCCAGGGAGGCAUUGCAGGACAUGAAAUUUGGAGAAAUUUUUGUGCCCAAGGGCGUCAACGUUUGGACAUUGAUUGUCACUCUAAACCAAGAACCUGAAAUUUGGGGACCUGAGGCUGACAAGUUCAAUCCUGAGAGGUUUGCCAAUGGGGUCAGUGGCGCCUGCAAGUAUCCUCAUGUUUACAUGCCAUUUGGUGUUGGGCCACGGACAUGUCUAGGACAGCAUUUUGCCAUGGCAGAACUAAAAAUUCUCCUCGCAACUAUUGUCUCCAGCUUCUCCUUCACGAUAUCACCCAAAUAUAUUCACUCCCCAGCUCUUAAGUUGGUUAUAGAACCUGAACAUGGAGUGAAUCUUCUCGUUAGAAAGCUGUGA